AUGAACCCCAUUGAUCGGCUCCAAGCUUCAGUGAACCACUGCAUCUCGCUUCUCAUUGCUAUGCGCCGCCAUCUCGAGGUCGUUGAGCGACUCCUUGCCUUUCACGUGCAGCGGGUGCAAGAGCUGGAUGAUGAAGCGCGUCGACUGGAUAACUACCCGGAUGGAUCGCAAUCAACGCAUGAAGACUCAAAUAACUCUGGCGACUCAUCAUAUGACGAAUACGAGACUGAGACCGAAUCCGAUGCACCGGGAUAUUUUCCACGGUCUCACUUCGCCUAA